GCAGGCGCUGAGGGAGGGCCAGGAGAUGGACCUGAAAUCUUGAAACAGUGUGUUUGGAAGAGCUGACCCUAGAGCAGGGGAUUGCCGAGUGUCUGGAAGAUGUCAAGGACCCCCGCUGUUGCUCAGACACCUGGGGCAUGACCUGCACCCACCAGGAUGCCUGGAUGGUUCAAAAAGACGUGGUAUGGGCUGGCAUCUUUACUCAGCCUCUCCUCCUUUAUCCUGAUCAUCGUUGCCCUGGCGUUGCCCCACUGGCUGAGUGGGAAAAUCCUUUGUCAGACUGGAGUUGAUCUUGUCAAUGCCACAGAUCCAGAGCUGGUCCAAUUCAUUGGGGACAUUUACUACGGACUCUUCCGCGGUUGUAAGGUGCGGCAAUGCGGGCUUGGGGGCCGUCAGUCCCAAUUCACGAUCUUCCCACACCUGGUGAAGGAGCUCAAUGCAGGCCUCCACGUGACAAUUCUGUUUCUCCUCUUCCUGGCCUUGGCGCUGGCUCUGGUCAGCAUGGGCUUUGCCAUUCUCAACAUGAUCCAGGUUCCGUACCGGGCAGUCAACGGCCCCGGGGGCAUCUGUCUAUGGAACGUUCUGGCAGGAGGAGUCGUGGCCUUGGCCAUCGCCAGCUUCAUGGCCGCGGUAAAAUUUCACGACCUGACAGAACGAAUCGCCAACUUCCAGGAGAAACUCUUCCGCUUUGUGGUGGUGGAAGAAGAGUAUGAAGAGUCGUUCUGGAUCUGCGUGGCCAGCGCCUCAGCCCACGCCACUAACCUGGUUGUGGUGGCCAUCAGUCAGAUUCCCCUCCCAGAGAUUAAGACCAAGAUAGAAGAGGCCACGGUCACGGCCGAGGAUAUCUUGUAUUAA